AGCCACCGGAAGCUCUAGAUAAAGCCGAGAUUGCAAAGUGCGUCACACAGUAAAAAAGAAGAGAGGAGCCUGCAGUCCAGUAACCAAACGCUGUGGUCCUGCCUUCUCGCUUUCACACAGGAAACCCGGCGGCAUGGUGAAGAUCGCCUUUAACUCCGCUCUGGCGCAGAAGGCGCUGGGCAAAGAGGAGCCGGCCGAUGUGAAGGACCCUGAGCUGGCCGCUGCUCCGGUGGGCAUCGAGGGCUCCACAGGCCGCUGUCUGCUCACCCUGCUGGGCGUCGCCUUCAUCCUCAGCGGGCUCAUCGUCGGGGGAGCGUGUCUCUAUCGAUAUUUCACCCCGAAGAGGCUUUAUCACGGUGCGAUGCAGUUCAGUGAUGUGUCAGCUGGAGGAGAGAACCAGCCGUACUACCUGCCACAGGUGGAGGAGGAGGUGGAGAUCUCCGACAGCAUGGCCGUUAUCAGCGUCCCCCCGCCCCGCUUCAGAGCCGGCGACCCCGCCUACAUCCUCCAUGACUUCAACCGGAAGCUGACGGCGUAUCUGGACCUGACUCUGAGGACCUGCUUUGUGAUUCCUCUGAAUACCUCGGUCGUGCUCCUCCCUCAGGACCUCGUCGACCUUUUCUCGCAGCUGAUGUCCGGCUCCUACCGCAGUUACUUGGUUCACGAGGACCUGGUGGUGACGGAGCGCAUCGAUGACAUCAAGUCUCUGGGCUUCUACAUCCGCCGACUGUGUGACGGGAAGGAAACGUACAGGAUGCAGCGCCGCUCCAGCCUCACGGGUGGGGGCAUCGAGAAGCGCUCUGCAGAAGAAUGCUUCACCAUCCACCAUUUUGAGAACAAGUUUGUGACGGAGACCCGGAUCUGCAAGGCUUGAUGGGGAAAGUGCAAGCAAGGGUCAGUGAGGGAGUGAGAGAGUGAGUGGUAGAGGGAGGGAGGAGUGUGGUAAGCUUUCGGUGGAAAGUGACUUUUUGUAUAAAUCCCUUAACUCUCCUGCUUUUAACCCCAGUGAUAAGUGAAUUUAAAUUCCAGCAUUAUAUAGCUUAACCCCACCCACACCUUAACCUGGUCAAGUCCUAGCUCUCUCGCUCAAGUACUCGCUAGUUAGUCUUGUACUAAUAAUCCUUAUCAGCCUGAUGACUCGCAUUAUACUAAGUGUGGUUGUUUUUGUUGUUGGGUUCUGUUCUGUUGCCGUAGCUUCCUGCUGAAUUACCUUUAUCGUUUUUUAAUGUACUGCAUCGAGUGGUUUCUUCUGAAUACCGUAGUGAAACUGAAGUCCUUUAUAUCGGAGCCUCUCUGUGUGUCAGCCUACUGUUCCCACUCUUAACGGGGGUCUCUAGAUCAGCAGGAUAAGCUUUAUGUUAUAGGGGGGUGAGGGGGGGGGGGGUACAGCACAAGCCACACGGGACAUGUAAGCUACAUUUGCGUCAUGUUGUGGACGGAACCACAGAGACGCUCGCGUCCCGAGCUCACUCGCCCCGCUUUUUUUUUUUUAGGUAUUUCCCAGAGUGCCUCGCUGCUCCCAGAGGCCUCUGCUGUGUGUUUUCUUAUGUUCUAGAUGGUGAGCAGUCCAGCACCCUGUAUUACUUGUGUUUUAUGUAGAAACCUCAUUUGUGACAAUAAAUUCUGAAAGACACUAGAAGGGAACGUUUCAGCAAAUUUGAAGUUUUUUUUUUUGUUUUGUUUUCUAUGAAUCUGAUCAUUGCGUACUAUAAGCGGCUACAGGUUUUGCAGAAGUUUGUAAUUGAAAUUUUCACGGGAAAAACACGUUUUCUAAAGAAUCCAUCAGUGAAUCUGCAUUGAGCAAUAAUUUUUGCUUUAUUUUGAAAGCCCUCACGGAAAAAGCUUCACAGUAUGAAAUUUAAAUGGGGAAAAAGCCCCAAAUAAUUUCGAGCGGAUUCCAACCUGAUGCAGAGAAAGACAAUCGGACAGGAAGAGUGUGUGUAGAAAUGUGUCUGUUUUUAAUCUCAUUUUCUAGAAUUUGUUAGACAACGUUGUGUGCAGCUACUGAAAUAAGCUACUGUCGCUGAAUAAAGUUACAUUUCUUUAUCUACUGAA